UGUGUGGCUCUCAUGCAGUGUGUGCAGUGCAGCGCGCGGAUGGGAUGCAGUGUGCAGGGCAUGCAGCGUGUGCGUGCCCUGGGGUGCAGCGCACGGCCGGGCUCUGGCUGCAGGUGGCAGUGAGGGGACUGAUCCGCUCCCGCACGGCGGCGAUGACUUCAGCAGUCGCCUGUCCCCCAGCCCAGCCGGGGAAGGCUCCCGCCCCGCGCUCGCCAGAGAGCCGGGCCGCCCCGGGGCCAGGCCGGCGCCGCCGCAGCAGCCGGGGCAGAGCCGCCGCGAGCAGCGAGGCUUCAUCCACCAUGGACCCACUUUGCCCCAAACCUCUAAGUUGAGGCACUGGACUCCCCUUUUGGGGGUGGGAGUGUGUUUAUUUUUGUGAAGAUGAACCUGACAGGCAGGCUGCAGAACUGGGCUGACCAAAGGCGCUUGGAUCCUUUCAACACCUCCCUACAGCUGCUGCACUCUCUCAGUGGGAAUUCCACCUCUUCCUCUUUCCAGGGGGAUCUCCAGGAGAUCAUCCACACAGCCACGCUGGUCACCUGCACCUUUCUGCUGGCCCUCAUCUUCUGCCUGGGGUCCUAUGGCAACCUCAUUGUCUUCUUGUCCUUCUUCGACCCAGCCUUCAGGAAAUUCAGGACUAACUUUGACUUUAUGAUCCUCAACUUGUCCUUCUGCGACCUCUUCAUUUGUGGGGUAACUGCCCCCAUGUUUGCCUUCGUCCUGUUUUUCAACUCUGUGAAUGGUGUUCCUGAUGCUUUCUGCUUCACUUUCCACCUCACCAGCUCUGGCUUCAUCAUCAUGUCUCUCAAGACAGUGGCUGUGAUUGCCCUGCACCGGCUGCGGAUGGUGCUGGGGAAGCAGCCCAACCGAACUGCCUCCUUCCCUUGCACUCUCCUGCUCACCUUGCUCUUGUGGGCCACAAGCUUCACCUUGGCUACCUUGGCCACCCUGAGAACCCGUAAGUCCCGCCUCUGCCUCCCCAUGUCCAGCCUGAUCAGUGGCGAAGGGAAGAUCAUCCUCUACUUGUAUGUGAGUGAUUUCAUUUGCUGUGUAGCUGUGGUCUCAGUCUCCUAUAUCAUGAUAGCCCAGACAUUGAGGAGAAAUGCCCAAGUGAGGAAAUGUCCCCCCAUCAUCACAGUAGAUGCCUCCAGACCGCAGCCUUUCAUUGGACCUCGUGCUUCAGGAGGGGUGGAUGAGGUGCAGUGUGCUAUGCCUGCUUUGUACAGGAACCAGAACUACAGCAAGUUGCAGCAUGUCCAGACCCAUGGCUACAGUAAGAAUCUCAGCCAGCUGCCAGCUCCAGCAUCCACCAGGCUCCAACUGGUGUCUACAGUGAAUUUGUCCACAGCUAAAGACUCCAAAGCGGUGGUGACAUGUGUGGUCAUUGUCCUCUCUGUCUUAGUUUGCUGUCUCCCCCUGGGGAUCUUCUUGGUGCAGGAUGUGCUGUCCAGUAAUGGUGGUUUCAUCCUCUACCAGUUUGAGUUGUGUGGAUUUACCCUCAUUUUUUUCAAAUCUGGAUUAAAUCCUUUUAUAUAUUCCCGGAACAGUGCUGGACUUAGGAGGAGAGUCCUUUGGUGUCUCCAAUAUUUAGCCCUUGGUUUUUUCUGCUGCAAGCAGAAGACAAGGCUUCGAGCCAUGGGCAAAGGGAGCUUGGAAGUCAACAGAAACAAGUCAUCCCAUCAUGAAACCAAUUCGGCAUACAUGUUGUCUCCAAAACCUCAGAAAAAGUUUGUGGAUCAAGCUUGUGGUCCUAGUCAUUCUAAGGAAAGUGUGUUGAGUCCUAAGGCUUCUGUUGGACAUCAGCACUAUGCACAGAGCAGCUCAACCCCCAUGAAUACCCGCAUUGAACCUUAUUACAGCAUCUAUAACAGCAGCCCUUCACAGGAAAUGAGCACACCAAAUAGCUUACAGCCAGUAAAGUCUACUUUUGGAUUUGCCAAAUCCUAUAUUGCCAUGCAUUAUCAUACCACUAAUGACUUGGUGCGAGAUUAUGACAGCACUUCAGCUAAACAGAUUCCUGUCCCCUCUGUUUAACUUGGAGGAUGAUAUCAGAGAAAGUUGACCACACUUCAUCUGGUUUUCUGUCUCCCCUUGUUUGUUUUUAUUCAUGAUUAUUCUGAACUCAAAGGUAUAGUAUUAUAUCUGAUUUUGCUAUCCAGUUGCCAAUUUACAAAUUACUAAUAUUGUUAAUAUUCAAUUAUUUAGAGUUGAACUAAGCAGUAGAAUACUGUUUCCACAAUAUUUUUUUGAACUUGUAUAAUUUUUCAUUAAUAAAAAGGGCAUCUUUUAGAUUUGUACUUGGAAUAGUUAUAUUAGGGUGUUUUUGUUACUAAAUUUUAUGCUGAACACUGUAAGUGUGGAAAGUGUAGGUUUAAUUACAUCAUGUGGCAAAGUAUGUAAAGAAAACAGACUUUGCCAACAUUAUGGUUUGUUAUGUAUUUGCUGUAUUUUUAAGAAUGUAGAAAACCAUGUUGCCAGUGAAUUGGGUGGAUGCUUAAGGAUUUAUCUUGAUAACUUGAGUAUAAAGUUUGUUUUAUUGCAGGCGUUGAAAGAAUGAAUAAUAUUCCUAUAAAAAGUGCCAUACUGAGUAAAUUUUUCUGUGGUUCUAAGGUGAAAUCCUGACUUUAUUGAAGUCAAUGGAAAAUUCUCACUGACUUCAGUGGGACCAGGAUAUCACUCCUGGUUACUUAUAAAUAGCUGUAUAUCACUACCUAUUAGGAAUGUUCCUUGCAAGAGGCAUUGUGCCUUGUUAUAUGGUAAUCUUAAUUUUUGUUAUACCUUUAUUGUAGACACUGGUGUCAUAAAAUACCAUUUUAAUGGUAUAUGGAGAAAUGAUUUUCAACUGAUAAAAGUUAACUUGCAAUGCCUAAUUAUAAGUUUUACUUGAGGAUACAAAUGACUAUUGCAAUAUCACAGUGCUGACAUUUAUGUGCUAAUGCAGUAGCCUAUGUAAUUUUCUACUUUACAAACUGUUACCUGAGGAGCAGUGUUGUUGUUUGGUUUUUGUCUAUGACUUUAUAUAUUUCGCAGAUUAGGAUCCGACAUUGCCAUCAAAUGCGGGUAGAAAUUACUAAUAUCUGGAAAAAACAAAAUUACCAAGUAAUCAUAAUAUUACUACUCUUUUUUCAGAUUUUCUUAUCUACUAAAACAUUUUAAAACAGUCUAGUGAUGAAUUAUUUACCUUGAAGUCAGAUUAUUUGUCUACUUCUGCAUUUUAUCUACAGCCCUACAUAAGCAACAAAAUAUAGAAGUGAAAUAUUUUUAUAAUGCUGAUAUUUAGUUUUAUUGUAUUAUGUGUUGUGGAAAUCCCUAUUGAAACAGGAUGGUUUUAGUUUUAAAAUAAAGUUUUUUUGCUAUUAAAUCGGCAGCCAAAAUUUUCAGAUUGGUGUUCUUAAAGUCAGUCACUUAAAUACGUGCUCUGUAUUUCAAAAGUGCUGAACACCUCUGAACUCCUAUAGACUUCAGCAGAAGCUCUGAAAUAAUUAACCCACUUAUAAGUUCAGGUGCCUCAUUUUAGCCACCCAAGUUUGAAAAAGUUGGCAUCUUUAAUUAACAAAAUUACAUCGUUUGGUUCCAGGGAAAUGAUUUAUUAUUUAGAAAAAGAAAAACAUCCUUUCAUAGUAAUGUGAAUAGUUUUAGCUGGCUUUUUUAGAAACUAAACUAUUUUACAGUGUUUCCACUGAAGAAUGUCACUUUAAUGAAUAAUUUUCUUAGUUUUAAGAAAAUAAAAUAUAAUAAUCAGUAAUUUAAACGGUUUCAGAGUAGCAGCCACGUUAGUCUGUAUUCGCAAAAAGAAAAGGAGGACUUGUGGCACCUUAGAGACUAACAAAUUUAUUUGAGCAUCCGAUGAAGUGAGCUGUAGCUCAUGAAAGCUUAUGCUCAAAUAAAUUUGUUAGUCUCUAAGGUGCCACAAGUCCUCCUUUUCUUUUUUAGUAAUUUAAACAUGACAUAAUUUCUUGCAGUAAGGAAUCUAACAAAUUUCUAUCACAAAUGUAAAGUUGAAAUAAUUUCAAUGGUUCCUUUCUCCCUACCCAGAUAUUUUUUUCUGUGAAUGAACAACAUGGGCCUUGCUAAAAUGACGAUAAAAUAUAACUAACUAAAAUGUCUCACGUUUGGGGUUUUUUUCUGUCUUUGGAUUACUCCUUAGCAUGAUGCCCCAUCAUUUUUUGGGGUGGAGAUGAUGUUAUGGGCUUGAUCCUGCAGUUCUCACUCAGACACCACACUGAUUGCACUACGUGGCAGCUUUACUUAAGAAAGGAUAUUAGGACUGGGCCCUGACUCUGAGAAAUGGAUGCAGGAUUGGGUCCUAUAUGUACUUAACUUGCACAUCUCCUGUUCUGCAUUCCUGGCACGUCCGAACUUCCCACUGAAGUCAGUGAGAGUUUUGGGUGUUCAAGGAUUGCUAGAUCAGGUUUUAAGGUGGUUUGUUUGUUUAUGUUCCUUAAAUUACGCAUUUUGCUUUGAAUUAUGUGAUCUCCAUAACAUGACUAAGGGUUAGGUUAUGAUCACUUUGCUCAUAAAAGUAAAUGUAUUCAAUAUUUGCGUGAUGAGUAACGUGAGAAAGGGAUUGAAAUCUUUUCAAAAUAUUUUAUAAUGUUUUUUCUUAAGUUAACUGCUGAUGUAACUUUUAUUCCUAAUAUUUUUAAAUGUUUGUGGUCUCAGAUAACAAAAUGUAGCAUUUCUGAACUUUUAACUGCAAUAAGAACACUGUCCAAUUUGAGUUGUCCUACAUAAUAUUAAAUAACAAAGCAUUUUGUGGAGCUGAA